AAAUGGAGGCAGCAAUGGGAUUGAUGAGAAGAAUCCCUCCAAAACACACAGAGACAGCUCUCUCCGCCCUCAUCAGCCUCUUGCCCACCUACUCCUCCGAUCUCCUCUCUCAAGUCGAUCAGCCUCUUCAGGUCUUAUGUGAUGUGGACAAUGGGAGAGAAUUCCUCUUGUGUGACUACAAUAGAGAUGCUGACUCUUAUAGAUCCCCUUGGUCAAAUAAAUACCACCCUCCGUUAGAAGGCGGGAAUUAUCCAUCUCUUGAAUUGAGGACACUUGAAAUUGAAGCAAAUGACGUCUUCACAGUAUAUCGUGACCAGUAUUAUGAAGGUGGUGCUUCAUCAGUCUACUUGUGGGAGGACGAUGACAGUGAAGGCUUUGUGGCUUGCUUCUUGAUUAAAAAAGAUGGAUCCAAGUAUGCACAUGGGAGAAGAGGUUACUUGAACGAGGGAGGUUGGGAUGCUAUACAUGUUAUCCAGGUGGGGCCAGACGUGGAAGGAAUGGCCGACUACUGUCUAACAAGUACUGUAAUGCUGUCAAUGACUACAGAUCAUGAGACAUCUGGCACAUUUAAUUUGUCGGGAUCUAUUCGGAGACAGAUGAAAGCGGAACUAUCAGUUGCAGAUGGCCAUCUAUGCAACAUGGGAAAGAUGAUAGAAGAACUGGAAGGAAAGUUGCGAUAUUCACUUGAUCAGGUAUACUUUGGGAAAACGAAGGAGAUGAUCUGGACAUUGCGUCCUCCUACCGAUCUUCCCUCCAGGAGACUUCCUUAAUUCCUGCAGAUUUUGUCGUAGCCAUCCAAGUUAUCCUUGAGACAAAGCAAACCUCGAGUGUGAGUCAUGUUUUUCGUCGCUAAAGCACCAUAUGCCCACUGAAAGAAAGAAGUGAAUUCAGAAGCUACAUGGCUAACUCUUGGACAUUUAGUAAAUCCCGGCAACGACAGCGGGAAUCGGAGAUUAGGAUUCGCUUUCUUUCUCGUCGUACCAAUAUAUCAAGGUGUUUAACGGUCAUAUAACUCGCAAAAAUUAGACUACCAUUGAAAAACAUAAUGUUAUUGGUUAAGUAUAUUGUUAUAAAGUGUUGGUACAUCUGUGCUCGACUCACCAUUUUUACAGUGGACGUUUUUUUCUUUACGGAAUUUAUCAU